GUGGUUUGGAAUUGUGCCUGAAACUAAAUAUGGCUAUGCAAAACGGAAAACUUGUUUAACAAGACACAGAAAGCAGGCUACUAGGAAAAAGCAGAAGAAAAUCUAAAAGGGAAGCGUGUGUGGACAGAAGGUGAGGGGACAAGCAGGAAGAGAUCAGGAUGAAGGGACAGAUCUCAAAGUCAUUCAUCACUUUGAUGAUCACUGUCCUUUGUUUGGGAAGCCUGCUGAUCACUGCCCUCUGGAUCAUUGUUGACAACAGCAAGAUGGAUACUCAUGGACCACCUUCACCCAAGAAAAACACCCGAUGGCCCUCUGACCUUUGCAAAGGAUGCAGGGCGCUCAUCGAAAAAGUAAGAGGCAGCUACUCAAAAACUUGGAAGAAGCAAGAGGGCAAUUCCAAAAAACUCAGCUCUCAGCUGAGAAGCCAGUGCCAUGGUUUUGACAAGGCCAUCAUUACCCAGGCCAACACUCCAGUGGGAUCAAAGAUUAUGUUCUCUCUUGAAGGGAGAAAGACCCUACAAGUGACCCCGGAGAUUUUCAGCACCUUUUCAAAGGAAAAUCUGUUUCAAAAUAAAACAUUGGACACGUGUGCUGUUGUUGGGAACUCAGGGAUUCUGAGCAAAAGCAGCUGUGGAGAGAUGAUCGAUUCAGCUCAGUUUGUUAUCAGGUGCAACUUGCCUGCUUUGGGAAAAGGCUAUGAAAAAGAUGUUGGCAUCAAGACUGACAUUGUGACAGCAAACCCAUCCAUCAUAUGGAAAAAUUUCGGGGAUCUAGAAAGGCGUCGGCGUCCAUUUGUUGAGAGUCUGCGUAUCUACGGCAACUCCCGUCUGCUUCUUCCUGCCUUCACCUUUGCUCGUGACGUUCCUAGAAGCCUGCGAGCCGUAUACACUGCUGAGGACUUUGAAAGUCCUAUGCGGCCUGUCUUCUUAAACCCUGACUACAUAAGAAGUCUGACCCUCUUCUGGAGCUCCCGAGGCCAGCGCAAAGGUGCUCUCAGCAGCGGCCUUAAGAUGGUUAGCCUAGCACUCGAACACUGUGCCAACGUGCAUCUGUACGGGUUCUGGCCCUUCACUAUCCACCCAUUUGAAUUCAAUGCCGUGAAUAACCACUACUUCGAUAACGGCACAGCUAGCUGGUUACUCCACGCCAUGCCAGAUGAGUUUGACCUAUGGUUGAAGAUGCACAGUCAAGGGGUGCUCAGGCUUCAUCUGGGAAAGUGUCAACCGGGUACAAAUUAGUUCCCUGAACCACAGACAACUGACACGGGAGUGGCAAAGUGUUGUGUUUGCAGUGUUAGAAACUUUGAAAACAUACAUUUGCAAGCUAUUUUUUGUUUUGUUUAGCUAUAGCAAAGCUACCCUUAACCUGCAGCUUUUUAGACAGUAUGAACUUGUCAAAGCAGAAUGAAAGGGGUUGAGUUACAGUAGUGAAUCAAUGUUGAAUUAAUUGACAAAAACUAAAAAUGACUUUGUUUUAUGGCAAAACAAGUUUGUUGCUUUGGGAGUUAGCUAAUCAAAACAUGGCAAAAAAAAGGAAUGUCACUAUAUGAAUGUUAAAGUUUUUUUCAAUUGCUAAAACACGUUUUUUUAAAGCAGGGCUUAUUUUCUCAAAACACUAAACACAAUUCACAAAACCACACACCCAAAGUGCAAAACACCUAUAUCUUGCAAAAUGAAGCACUGCACCCAAAACUACAUAAACACUUACCAAAAGCAAACUUUUGUGGUGCUCUGUAUGUAGAUAAUUAUGCAUAUAAAGAUUGUUCAAGUCUACAAAAAUAUGUGCAAAUCACAAAUAUGGGGCGAAGCCUGCGAGCUAGUUCAGGCAGUCAACUCGAGCACCAAUGAUACAUUAACACGUGACGCA